AAUUUAAACGCCAAAUAAGUAUGCUAAGUAUUUCAAAACUACCAAUACCAUAAAAAUUGCACAAAUACUAGUGUUGCUGCAAAUACUAUACGUACAUACCGAAUAAACGACGCGCCAGCUGCAGCAACAAAAUGUCGAAUUUCGUUAAUAUGGACAUCUUUUCAAAUUAUCAAAAACACAUAGACAAGGAGCAGGAGAUACGUGAGAAUAUUCGCAUCGUAGUGCGCGAAAUUGAGCAACUCUCAAAGGAAGCGACCAUUACACUGCAAGUGAUGCACGCUGACUUGAGCAAAAUUCCCAAUGCCUGCGCCUUGGCUCGCAAGCAAAUUGCCGCCUGCGCUGAAAAAUAUGAAAAAUUGGCUGCUUUAUUGCCAACUGGCCAAUACUAUCGCUAUUCAGAUCAUUGGACGUACAUAACGCAGCGCUUGGUAUUUCUAUGUGCAUUGGUAGUUUAUCUGGAAACGGGCAGCUUGAUGAACCGGGAGACAGCAGCCGAAAUGCUUGGCCUGAAGGUAAGACAAGCCGAUGGCUUUCAAUUGGACAUUGAGGAUUAUUUGCUUGGCGUUCUUAUGUUGGCCUCGGAGCUGUCGCGCUUCGCCACAAAUUCGGUCACAAUGGGCGACUACGAUCGUCCGCUUAAUAUAUCGCAUUUCAUUGGUGAACUCAAUACUGGAUUUCGUGUCCUGAAUAUGAAAAACGAUGGACUGCGCAAGCGUUUCGAUGCGCUCAAAUAUGAUGUGAAGAAAAUUGAGGAAGUCGUCUACGAUGUCAGCAUACGCGGGCUAUCCAAGGAGCAGCAGAAGCUGCAGAAGGAGCAAAAGGCAGAGAAAACCAACUGAUUCCAUACAAAACAUUUGCUUAGGCUUAAGACAAGGUAGCUCGUAAAUAUGCUCAGCUGUCUAUAAAAUACAAUGCAGCAUUAAUUGCU